ACGAUGUCGCAAGUAGUAUAGCGUUACGGUAGAGAUCUGUGCCAGCGAUGUUACUUUAGUUAAAACAUGUAUAGUUUUGUUACGUUAUUAGUUUUCUAGGAAUAAAUUCAAGAGAAAUACUGUACUGUAACUGAGUCUUUCAUGACGGUGCAAUGAAUCGACAUCAAGUUUUAACGGGGGCUGUCAAUGCUGGGGCAAACUGUUAUGCAGUUGGAUCUGUUGAAGGUGUUCCUUUUACAGCAUAUGCAGCAGGUUGUAAUGUUGUGAUUCUUGCCAGCAAUUUUCAACGAGUUCAAAUCAUUCCUGGUGUUCAUUAUGGGAAUGUUCAAGUUGGAUGUUUGGAUUGUUCAACUGAUAUUGGAAAGAUUGCUGCAGCUUAUGGUAAACAAGUCUAUAUAUUUGAACCAACCCCUCUAUUAAAUUGGAAUUCAUCACAUUAUUUAGACUAUCACUGGGUUCAGACAGCAACCAUUAAUGCUGAAUGUUAUGUUAAUGUCCUGUCAUGGAACCUAGAAGGAACUCGACUCUUGAUUGGAGGAGAGAUAAUCCAACUAUGGCAUUUAGAAACUUGUACUGAAAAGGACACAAUUGAGGAAGAAGGAACUCGUUUUCACCUUGGGGAAGAGGAAGAUGUUUUGAAGACUGACACUGAAGAAUGUUUUAAGUGGGAGUGUGUAUGGAAAUGUAGGACUGCUCAUCAAGUCAGAAUUUUGAAGUUUUCCCCAGAUGGAACCUUGUUUGCAUCAGCAGGUCAUUCUGAUCGACUGGUUAAAGUAUGGUAUGAAAGCAAAAGAGUGAACUUGACAUCCCAAAUGGGCCAUUCACUGUCUGGUUGCGAAGUCAAUUACACAUUCAUUUACAUUGCUCAUCCCAGAGCUGUGACAGGUUUGUCAUGGAGAAAGACAAGCAAGUAUAUGCCUCGGGCUUCCGUUGCCAAUAUGUUGGUUACUUCCUGUCGAGACAAUAUUUGCCGACUUUGGGUCCAGACUUUACUUCCUGAUGAUGGGUUGAUCAAUCUACAACAGAUUGAGGCUCUAGCAAAUCAAGCUCCUCGGCUGCAAACCCAGAAACAUAGACAGCGUAUCAUGCAACGCUUGAAACAUAUGAAGUCUUUCAAUCAGUACAAGAAACGUCAGGCUUCACAGUUAACAGAAGUACUUCAGGAGACCAUACCAACCCUACCCAGUACCUAUAGUGUACAUGAUUUCCACAGUUUUGGUCUUCAUGGAUCUGGAAUUGCUCCUGGUCUUCAUUUUCAUCUUGCAGCUAGCAUAAAUGCAGAGACUGAUAUUCCACUUGUGCCUAGUAUGAGUAGAGGAAAUGGACUAAGGGAACCAAACUUUGUGCUUCAUUGGCUGAACAAUAAGGAAUUUGCUUUCAGUGAAGCAGCUGAACGUAUGCUUCAGGAGGUUAGCCAAAAGGUGUUGCAGACAGAAGGGCUUGGGAGUGACAUUGAACAGGGAGAGAGUGAUGAUCAAGAUGUCCAAACAGAUUCAGGUGCCAAGAAAGCUUCACCUAAAUUAGCCAAGUCACGUAAAACUACGCUAUUUGGUAAACAACAGAAGUCUUUUUCUUACAAUGAUUUGAAUGAAGAUGUAACAAGUAAAUACAGUUUUUCAACUUUAUCGUCAUCUGCAUCUUUAGCUACAGAACUGUCGAGCUUACCAAUGAGUCCCUUAGGUGAUGCAUUAGACAGAAAGCUUGAGUCUUUGUUGUGUGAAUGGCAUAAAGGAUCUGACUUACUUUUUAGCAUCCACCCUGUAGAUGGGAGUUUUUUAGUCUGGUUAGUUGAUUGGCUUGAUGAAUAUAGUCCUGGAUCAUUUCGCCAGGCUCAGGUUAGUUUUUCUUCUCGUAUUCCUAAUGCAAUAUCCUUAGGUGAUGCAGCUACCAUGUCUCACCACCUUACCCUUUACUCUCCACGUGCUGGGUUGGACUUGCGUGUAACUAUGCAGAGUUUUUAUGGUAGAGGAACCAAAGAUAAUACUAGUCAAGAACCUACUUCCAAAAUCAAUGAAAACAAAACAGCAAAAUCUUCCAAGAUUCAUGUGGACAAUGAGCAGAAAGGUGGCAUAGGUCAACCAGACUCCAUUUUUCACUCUCCUACACCUACAUUAUGUAUGUUGUCCAAACACAACAAUGGCAGCCUUAACCUGUGGUAUCUUGUUUUUGAAGAAAAGACUGCAUUUGCUCAGAUUUUGAGUAUUAGCCAUGGAAAACGAAUAUGUGGUCACCGUUUCCGUAUUAAUGAUAUCACAUGUCAUCCAGUUUUGCCAUUGCUGUUGACCACCUCUCAUCACAAUCUUCCUGGAAGAAAUGGGUCAGGAAAUCAUUCCACUCCCGUGACUCCCAGUUCACCAGAUUGUUAUCCUCCUACUGGUAUGCCGCAAAUUGGUUUUUGUAGUGAACUGAUUCUGUGGAAGGUGGACCCAGUUGGACCCCUUUCUAAGUCAGGUGGAGUAACAGAGCUAGCACGAAUAAACUCUCUUGAAACUGCUGCUUUUGCUAAUAUAGCAUGGAUCCCAACAUUACUUCCUAGCACAACUCUAGGAAGUAUCUCGAACUCUCCAAGUGCAUGUUUUGUGGCAUCUGAUGGUCAGCAACUUAGAAUCUAUCAAGCUGUUAUUGAUGCCAGGACUCUUUUGGCUGAAGUUUCAUCUGCAGAAAGAAAACAGAGAGACUCAGAUUUCAGUAUGUCUAGCAGCACCUCUUCAGACAUAGGAUAUAGACAACUUAGCCUGCAAGAAACUUUCAAGAUCAUCAGCUCACAAUCAACUUCCCGACCAGGAUGUAUCAUUGAAUUAGAUGCUAUAUCUGAUGCCACCCAUGAUUGGAAGAACACACAGUUACUACAUGUAUUCCAAGAACAACUAAUUACAGGAGAUAAAUCCAUGUCCAAACACAGCAGUAAAAGUGAAGGAAAGGUCAUGGGCCUUGUUGAGCCUAGUCUUCAAGCUGUUGUUGACUUGCAGCACAGCUCUGUGUUUGAAGAACCAUUUUAUUUGGUUGUGUUGGAGAAAAAUGAGGAAGGUUUGUCAAUUCUUCACAUGUGGAGGCUAGUAAUUGCAUCUCAAUCAAUUGAAGGUGAUGGGCAGAAUUUCAGUUAUGUACCUGACAGCAAUCUCGUUCAAGAUAGUGAUCAUUCCAACCACUCAUCAAGAAGUAAUACACCUGAGCCAACAGGUGGUACUAGUUUUUUAUCACCUCACGCUCAGCCUCUGAGAAUUACAACAAAAAAGAUAUGCACUGAAGUUCUUUCCCUGCCAGAAGAUGUAGAUGUUAUUCAUGCUGCCCCAGCAGCAGGUCACCUGAGUUCCUCGAACAUUUAUCCAGCCUGUUUUGCUCCAUACCUGAUGUCUACUGCUUGCUCUGAUGGAAAAGUCAGAUUUUGGAGAUGUGAAGCUAGGGAGACAGAAGAUUUACAAGAGCCAUUCAAGUACACAUGGUUAGAAUGGGAAAUGAUGUUGAAGAGCACAUCAAGUGCCAUACAUGUUCCAGGAAUUCCAUUGAUAGUGAGCUGUGCCUACAGUGGUCGUAUAGCUUGUGCAUACAAACAUGGAAGAUCUUUCAUGAGACCUUCAUCAGAAAAUCCUCAUGGAAGGUAUGUAAAUGCAAGUGUUGCCAUAUUUGAAUGCGAAUCAACUGGAGGCUCUGAAUGGGUACUGGAAGACACAAUUCAUCUGAAAAACAUUGGGUUACCUCAGCCAGAAAGCAGUUUAGAUCUGGAUUUUGGGUCCCUAUACAGUGCAAGUGUACGGAAUCGUCGAACAGUUGAAACAAUUGUACAAAGGCUUGGGAAUGAUGAUGCACCUUUUGAACAUGCACCCAACCUACAUAGGCUGUUAUCUGUUCCUAGCUUUGCCACGCUUCAUACACUUCGUCACACAAUAACAGAGCAAGGAAACCAGUCGCUUCUUACUCAGAAGUCCCUUGUUCAACUUGACUGGGUUUCCACUGAAGAUGGUUCUCAUCUUCUCACUGUAGGAGUAGGCUCAAAAAUUUUGGUGUUUACUCCUGUAUCUACUGAGAUUUCUGAAGCUACUGCUCAGGCCAUGAACACACAUAAAGCUGGAGCCAGACCAACCCUACUAAAACAGACAUCAUCAAUAUCUAUGGCUUUUCACCAUAAUGAGGAAAUUCGAUGGAUGAGGUUGAGGACCACCCAGCUAACCACAACAGAUGGUCUUCCUCCUCUACCUAUGCAACUGUCUUGGGUGCGUGAUGGAAUUCUUGUAGUUGGGAUGGACAGUGAGAUGCACAUCUAUACACAGUGGCAUCAAUGCAAGAACAGUUUGGAUGACAUAAAACAGGAUAAAGACAUAUACAAGGAUACAGAAAUAGUGGUGGGUAGCCGUAAUCUUGUUGAGGAGAAGUUACUGAGUCGUGCACGUAAGAACUCCCAGAUUUCUUUCUCCUCCUCUUCUUCAUCUCGUAUACCAAGGAGCAUUUCCUCAAAUAUCUUAACAGGUGGAAUAGAUUCCAAGAAGAAACGACAAGCACAAAUCAAAACUAUCCCUGAAAGUGACAGUACUAUCAAUGACAGCCCUUUACCAGACUUUGGUCUCUUUGAGGCUAGCCAAUUAGCCUGUCCUAUUUUGCCUCAGUACCACCCAAAGCAGCUAAUGGAACUUUUGAGUUCAGGAAAGAUUCACCGAGUCAAAGCCAUUUUGAGUCAUCUAGUACGGUGUCUGUCUGGUACUGGCCAGAUGAAGCAACAGAAAGAUUACUUACAGGUACCUGAUCAUUUUGAAAACAAUGACACAGAUCUAAGGAGUAGUCCUCGCUCUUGGACCAAAUCCCGAGCGCUGUCAAUGGCUCCCACUUCUCCCAACCAGUGGAGUCCAAUGGAUCCUCAGGGUUCUGUAUCAACGUAUCCAGAAGAAGUCCAACUAGAUUAUGUUGAAAUUACUUCCAUCCCUCCUCUGCCAUUGUCUAUUCUUUUGGCUGCAGAUAGAGAAAUAAUCACUAGAUCAACCCCCACUCACACAAAUGAUGGAAAUGUAAAGGAUUACAGUGAUCUGUUUAUGCCUGAUGGUCAAGAAGUGGAGGAUUCUUUGGAUGCCAUUCUGAACAAUAGUUUUAGUCUAGGGACAAAGAAAGAAAGGCAAAAGUCACAUGAACCAGAGUGUCAAUUUUUGACGUUGUUUGACAAGAGACAGGCUCAUCUUCUAACAAAGCUAUUAACACACACACAUCUACCUGGGCUUUCAAGUCUAGACCAAAUGCACCUUUUAGCCUUGGCUGAUACUGUUUCAUCUUUCAAUACUACUCUGUCUGAUAGAUUCACCUUUGAUCAAGAAAAACAAGCUGCUGGUAAUGGUUUGGUAUCAAACAAACUUGAUGGAAUGAACCUCCAAGCCACCACAGAAUCUUUAGAUGAUUGUGGUUUACGUUUUCUGCUUGCUAUGCGUCAUUACACAUACCUUCUUAGAUGCCUACCAAUUGUACAGCGUGCUCAACUCCAACGACAAGGGCUUAGCACAGAUUGUCUUGUUUGGGCCUUCCAUUCUGAGACAGAAGAGGAAUUACUACAGUUUCUUCCCUGCAUGCAGAGAGGAAACCCACGGUGGUGUGAGCUUCGAGAAGUUGGUGUAGGUUGGUGGGUGAAAAGCAACAACACUUUACGUAGACUAGUUGAAAAGGUAGCAAAGUGUGCUUUCCAAUCGAGAAAUGAUCCUUUGGAUGCAGCAUUAUUUUAUCUUGCUAUGAGGAAGAAGAAUAUUGUUUGGGGCCUGUUCAGGUCUGUCAGUGAUCAGAAGAUGACUGCGUUUUUCCAAAACAACUUUGCUGAAGACCGGUGGAGGAAAUCUGCUUUGAAAAAUGCUUUUGCACUUCUGGGGAAACAGCGUUUUGAACAUGCUGCUGCCUUCUUCCUGCUCGCAGGAGCAAUUCGAGAUGCUAUUGAAGUGUGUUUAAAUAAGCUUAAUGAUCUCCAGCUUGCCAUGGUUAUUGUUCGCUUAUAUGAAGGAGAUUUAGAAAUAACCUCUACAAACCUUCGAAGACUCAUCUACGAAGAAAUCCUAGGCUAUGAUGCUGAAGGCAACAACUACUCUAUGCCACAUGCUCAUCCUGAUCCUUUCCUGAGAAGUAUGGCACAUUGGCUUUUGCAGGAUUAUAGUGGAGCCCUGAAUACACUCCUCCAAACUGGAGUUGGACAGUCUCAUCUAAGAAUACAGGAAGAUGAUGAGAAAUCUAGCAAUAAAUUAUCAGCCAAUCCAAGUGUGUUCAAUUUCUACUUGUACCUUCGCACACAUCCUUUGAUUGUUAGAAGACAGCUAGCUCAGACAGCACAAGACAAGAAGAAAGUUCAUUCUCUCAUGCUAUCUAGUUUCAAAUACAGCAUGGAUCCAGUUGACCAAAAAUCAGCUUUACAGGCAACAUGUGAUAUCAUCACUCCCUUGGAACGACGACUGUUUUUUACAAGUGCAAAUUAUCAUUUUCGUGCUGGCUGCCCAGCAUUAGCUCUUGAAGUACUCUCAAGAUUACCUGACCGAGUGGCAGUGAAUAUCUCAGUUUUUGAAGAGGGUGUUCCUCCAAGUCCUGAUCCUCUCCUUCAGUUUAAGUCCAAAAAUAUGAAUAGCAUAAAGUCUGGAACCCUGGAUGGUCCAAAAGUUAUUGAGAAUGGUGAACAAUUUGAUUGGAGCACACCAAUUGUUUCUAGCUUGACUUUGAAUGAACCUCCUUCAUUUAAUGUGAUGAAUGACUCAGAAGAAAGCUCCGAUGAGGAAGAAGGAAUUAGUCUGAAAUUUAAGGUUUACAAUGAUGAAGAAAAAGCUACUACAAGUGAAGAGAUUAAAAAGGAUACAAAACUGGAUAUCAUGGCACAGCAGCUAAAGUUUAUAGCUUGCUUGAAGAUUAUGAUGGAAGAACUGAGCACAUUAGCAACUGGGUUUGAAGUGGAUGGUGGUCAGCUACGUUACCAGUUGUACACUUGGUUAGAGAAGGGGGUUGCUGCACUACGAGAACUCUGUCACUAUGGGUCCAGCAGCUUUUCUUCCUCCUCUGUUUCAAGUGGUGAAAAUGUAACUGUUGUGAAUAUUGGGGAGAAAAAGCUUUCUUCAACUCUGAGUGGUCGGUGGGAUGCGGACACCCGAGGAGAAAACAGACCAACCUUGCAUGAGAUUUUACAGGCUGAUAAACAAGAUUUUGAAGCCAAACUUAUGCAUUCUUAUAAAAGAAAACAGUGGCUUAAAGCAAACGAGGCAUUACUCCGGACAUUACUUAGCUAUUGCAGUCUUCAUGGAGCACAUGGGGGAGGCCUGGCAGCUGUUCGCAUGGAGCUUAGUUUGUUGCUUCAAGAACUUCAACAGGACCGCUCCCAGCAGCAGUUACUUUCUCCACUUCCAUUCCCAACUACUUUACCACUCUUGGCAGCAACUAUCGCUUGUCAGAAAACUGUCAUAGCUGAUCCUAUUUGCCAUCUUCAAGCUAUGAUCCACGAUAUCCUCCAGUCCAUUACAGAAAUAGGAUAUUCUCUCUUAGUCAGUAGAGGAAAUUUCAAUGAGGUAAAUGUUCUCCGAGGUUUAGGUACAGCUCUUGCCGCCUGCAUAUACCAGUCCUUGUGUGACAGUGACAAUUUCAAUGUGAAACAGGAAGGUUCAUCUUUUGUAUCUGAGGGUUUGAUGAGCUCCAGUGUUGUUUACCAGAACAGUCAUUUACUAGCAGGGUAUCUGAGACGACAUAGAUAUUGUUCUGAGGGAUCAGAUCUUCUUAUCCCAAACACUGUUCCAAGUAAAUGGCCAGGUGUCCAGUCAUUGCGAGCUUUGCUGGCACGUGAUAAAGAUGAAGAUUCACCAAAGCUUCACACACUUCUGUGUGAGGCUUUUUUUGCUGUGUAUCUGAGUUUGCUGGUUUAUGGGAUAGCUACAUGUGACGGCCAAAUUCUCUAUCGACUGGUGGGACAGAAUCUCUCAGAAAAGACGUGGGCUAUGCUGUAUGGUGGUGGUGCAAAACGACUGCUGCAUGUUGUUACUGGUGGCCAACAUCCUCUAAGCAGUAGUUCAGAGAAGAGUACACCAGGAGAGGAAGGUUUACUAAUCACACUUUCUAAGCAGCGGAUGAAGCUUCAUAGGAAAUUACUUGGACAACUUGGUCAAAGCACAGCUCAGAAAACUAUGAAAGAAGAUCGGCCAACUUACCGAGAACAGUUUGUUCCUCCAGAGAUGUCCAUGGUGUCUUAUUUAAUGUCUAAGCCUGAAUUAUCUGAACAAAAUCAAGCUAUAGAUUAUGAUUCCAGUGAAUCAGUCCCAAGUGAUGUGGAUGAGGAAGAAGAAGAUGAAGUUGAUGCUGAUGAUGUGUUUAGUGACUUCAGUGAAAAUACAAAAGAUGCCAAAAUCCAUUCCAAAAAGACAGUUGAAACAUCAAAAAUAGAUGAGCUUGACCCUGAUUCCUAUUCCUGGGGUAUUCUGCGUUACGCUGUUGUGAAAUUGGUACAUUGUCAUGUGCUGACUUUUCUUGGUAUUGCUGGGAUUGACUUACAAGAACUCCCUGUGUCUAGUCCUAUGAUUCAUUCCAUAUUGAAAACACUGGAGCUGUGGUUGUAUCAACUCAAAACUCACAUGGAAUCUUACCAUAGUCCUCCACCUAAUUAUCUACCUGGCUGUUUUGUAGAAAGUAUCCAAAGUGGUCCAGCUAUUCAUAAAUAUAAGGCUCUACAUGAACUACAUAAUACACCUUUCAGAUCACAUAGUGCAGCUGUUCGUCCUGUCAAAAGACUAUGGAAUUUUUUAGUCCGUCAAGAACCCGUUCAAGACAUUUUUAUCCGUUAUAUUUUUUCUAGAAGACAUGCACAUGUUAAGGAGGAUAAUAUAGGGCAAGAUACAGAUUCAAUGGAUUAUUCUAACCCAGAUCCUGUUCGGAUCAUUCACAAAGACCAGGAUAGUAUCACCACAUUCUGUGUUAGCAAGAUUAAUGCUGGGAUCAUAGCUUUAGCCACUCCUAAGGAAAUCCAAGAAUUAGAUUUUUCUCUCCUGCUGGAACCAACACCAUGGUUAGAGGAUGAAGCAGAAUUUGAUAUUUUAAAUCUUGAAAAAACCCAAGAGCUUCCUGAAAGUGAGUUUUUAGUUGUUCAUCAUCCUUCUGAUCGAGGAUCUUCUAGUUGUGGGUAUGGUGUGACAUCUGGUGCCCCAAAUUCAGUUGCAGGUUCUUCUUACAGUAGCCCUACUGGGCCAGCUCCUCCACUGGUAGGAAUACAGACUGGUCGUGGUACUUCCAUGUUAAAAGGGCAUCACUUUCCUGGCAGCUAUAACCCUCAGUUCUGUCAAUUUGUCAUUGAAAGAAGUCGUCACUUGCUGAAACCGCUCAAGAGACAUAAGAUGGAUGGAGUAAGAAAGAUGUGUGCCCAUCCUUUCCUACCUCUGUACCUUUCAGGAUCUCAGGAUGGAUCUUUACAGAUGUGGAAAUGGGGUCAUCAGCAGGGAAUUUCUUCCCCUCGUCCCCCUGGAACUUAUGCCAAGGUCACAAAUAUGCUCUUUAAUGUACAGGGUAAUAAGUUUGGAGUCACAGAUGGCGAUGGAAAUCUCAGUCUCUGGCAAGUGGGAUUAAGUACAGUAAUGGAUAAACCAUUUUUUAGUGCCCAGUGUCACAGCAAAGAAGUCAGUGACUUUACUUUUGUUAGUUCCUCUAGUUUACUGGCCACAGCUGGUCACUCAGCAGAGAACAAAAACGUUUGUCUAUGGGAUACAUUAGUACCUAUUCGGAAAGCCAUGGUAUCAGCUUUUAUGUGUCAUGAACAAGGUAGCUCUGCCAUUGUAUAUGCUCCACAACAUCAAGUUUUGAUCAGUGCUGGAAAGAAAGGAGAUGUCUGUAUAUUUGAUGUGCGACAACGACAACUUCGUCACAAGUUCCAGGCUCAUGAUUCUCCAAUUAAAUGCUUAGCUUUGGACCCAGGAGAAGAAUUUUUUGUCACUGGGUCAGCUGAUGGGGAUAUGAAGGUAUGGGGUUUGUCUGUCCACAUCUUAUUUUACUCUUUCCUUGGAGAACACUCUCGAAGUACACUCUUUCGAAAUAUUGGUAUGGGAGUUUCUCAAAUAUAUGUUGAUUCUUCAACUCGACUGUUUUCAUGCGGUGCUGAUGGUUCUAUGAAAUUGAGACAGUUGCCAGAUCGUAACUCAAUAGUCAGCUUGUAUAACUAAUCAGUAUUCACCUAAAAAAAGAUCUUAAGGUAAAUUUCCAUGAUCAUUGGACAGUUAGUAAUUUGAGAGAGACUGAUGUUCUUUGAUUAUAUUAAACCUUGAGAAGACUUGUUGGUGAGUCUUUACAGUUAAAAAUAUCUAGCAAGUUAAACAACAUUAAUGCAUUUAGAUGUCAUAUAUCUGAGUUUUUAUACUAAUUACUGAUUUCAUCAUUUUGAUCAAUUUAAGUAACUGAUAUUUUCAUGAGUAAAGUUAUGUAAAUCACCAACAAGUGUAAAUAUCAGUGAGAACCAAAUCUUGAUGUGAAAUUUUAUAACCAGUAUUCAAUAUUAACUUGUAUUAUUUCUUCUAAAGAUUGUCUAUCCCAAAGACUUUAUGGCCAAUUUAUUUUAACAAACACUAUAAUCAUAAGUAUUAUUUAAUUUCUAUAAUAGAAUUAGACUAUUAAAAGCCAGUGUGAAUGUCUACAAGUAGUGAGUGAUUGAAAUAUAUGCAUGUAUAUACGAGUAUAAACCUAACCAAAGUUUGAAGAUUGUCUUCUUUGACUACAAAGUCUGAUCUAAGACCACAAGGGUAUAUUUGUUCAGAGAUUCCAAGAAUAGCUCCUGUAUUUAUACAAAGAUAGGUUAGUGAAGAUCUAUAUUAUAGUAAUGACGAAUAAAUUUGUGAUAGAAGGGUAAUCAAAUGAACACUUGCAGUGAAUAUUUGUCAUUGAUAUGUACACAUUAUAUAUUCUUUGUGUAAAACAUAACUUUCAGAAUUAUGAAAUGUGAAAUUGGUAUGUAAUUAUACCUAUGUAUAAUAAUGUUUCUAGUUGAUUUUACAUAAAUUAGAAAAGCUGUAAAAUUCUUUAUUAUUAGUUCUUUUCACACCACCUUGUUAAUAGUUGAUUUCUUGAAAUGUUUUAUGAAAACUGCAGUUAUAAAUAAAUGUUACACAGUAGUAUUUUCAUGGAUAUGUGAUAAUUAUAAUUUUAAAGGUAUAGUAGCUAAGGGUAUUUAUUUUUUCCCUAAAAUAAACCAUUGAACAUCCCAAAGACUUGUAAAAACACUGAUCAUAGGGUGUAUGCUAAUUUAUUUUAUAAGUGUAAAGCAAUGAGCAAAAGGUUGACAACCAUAAAAAUGUACUUUUCUAGGAUGUUUGCUCAGAUUUAAAUAUUAGAUGUUUGUUAUAUAGUAAAAUAUGUGACAAAUAUUAUUAUUCAAGAGCCAGGCAACAAUCUUAGUUCAGUAGUAUGUUUGUGCCUCUCUCUCUUCUUGUUACUACUUUAGAACUACGUAAAAUAGAUAUAUCAAAUUGUAAGUAUGUUUUUAUGCCUUCUGAUUUGGGGGUUAAGUGCUUGCUAAGAUUUCUCAAGGGAUGGUACCACCCUAUGCUGCAGAAGCUUCUACAUGCCCGAGUUCCAGUUUUGUCCAUAGAGAAAAAGUGAACCAUAGCAGUUACCAAGUUAGUGAUUUGUAUCAUGAUUAAAGCUGGUUGUGUUUCAUGUAAAAAUAGAAGAUAUAUAUAUUUCACAUAUUAUCGAAUUUAUUUUACCCAGUAGAAUUAACUUCAAAGUGUAUUUAGGAUAAUUUAUCUUUUGUAAGUAACUGAAGAACAAAAUAUGCUUCUGAUACUGUAUACGUAUGUAUUCUAUUUAAUCAAAUUAUUAUUAGAAUGUGAUAUUUGUAUUUGUUUAUUUCAAAAACGUUUUUUCUGUAGUUGUUGCACAGCAUACAUUAUAAAAUUGGAAUUUGUGUUAAGAAGUUUUAAUUUUUUAAUUCUUAAUUUAAUGAUAGUAGGUUAAAAUGUAGCUACCUCAUCUGAAAAAAAUGUACUCUAAUUAUGAUAUCAUCUUUUAAGAAGUUUGUUGAACAUGGUAUAGAAUUUUUUACAUGUAAAAUGAUUUAAAUACUCAAUGAGGAUUGAACCAUAUGCCACACUGGGAUGAGGAAACUUCCAUUGGAGGAACAAAAAUUCUAGUAAACAUAAAUCACUGUUAAUGAUUCAGUACAUUACUGGUGGCAAGUUGUAGUCAUGAAUGUUGGUAUUCUUUUAAUAUUCUAUUUGAAAACUAAGAAUCAAACACGUACAAUAAGUAUUGACUGGUACAUUUCUUGCAUACUAGAAGUUUAGUUAAUACAGUUUUCUUCCCUUUUAUUAAAUGUCAUCAAAAUAAUUUAUUAAAUGUUAGAAAAUCACUAUGUUUAUCUAUGUUGCAAUUUUCCCAAAAUGUAAUAUUUUGAAAAAUGAAAUUUGUAGAGGUUCAUAAAAAAACAAAAACAGGGCAGUUCGUUAGUUUUAGGUGUAGUAUAAGCACAGUGUCACAAAGAAAAAUAAAACUUGUUUAUUGUUUACUUUAAGAACUGUCCAAAACAACCAUUUCAAUGAUAAAAUUGCUUAAUGCGUUUGUAGUAAAUAAGUACAGUCAAGUUUUUGUACACUUUUAUAAGAAUGUUUUUUAUUGUUGUAUAACCUUUAUAACAUUUUAAUUUAGUAAUGUAUUUUCAUAACACCAUAAUUAGUUUUAAAUUCUUUAAGUCUUGUACAAUCUGUUUAUGAAUUAACACUGACACAGUUACACAAUAAAACAGCACAUGUAAAAAGUUGUUUAACAGAUUGUUAAAUGAAACUUUUAUGUAUUUGCAAGAUUUUUUUUUGGCAGAGCUUUAUUCCAAAUGGAAUGUGUAAGUGUGUGUGUGUGUAUAUAUAUGAAUGUAUGUGUGUGUAUAAAUGUAUUUUUGAGCAUAGAGAUGUAAAAGUAACAAUGGCAUUAUUAGUAACCUGAAUCCUUAUUUAUUCUCUUUUCAUCAAUGUUUACAAAAAUUUAUUUCAUCUGGUGAAAUGUGUGUGUUAUGCUUGAACUAUCUUAAUAUACAGUAACAUUUACUUACAUUUCAAUGGUAAGGGGGUAAUAAUUCCCAGUCAGAUUCUAUUUUUUCUUUAAUAACCCUUUAGACUCUCUUGGUGUUUUAUACUUUACAAAUUUUGUAUGUGCUCCUACUUUCUUUAUAUAUUAAUUAUCAAACAUUUGUUUGUGUUCAUUUUUCCUUUACACAGUAAUUAAGGUCAAAGUACGAAUAAAUGUGUUUACAAAAUAAUAUUGUUAAAUUGUGUACAGCAACUCAUUGAAACUGUAUGUCAAAAACCAACUGAAAGGGAUACUUAGCAUAGGUAUUAAAUCUAGGUCUAACUAGUGGAAGCAUUAUUUCUAAAUUGUGGCCUUUCCCUUCAAAUGAUUAUUUUAAAAUGUAUUGUUGUAUGAAAUAAAGUAUUAUAGAACCUUA